AUGACUUCACAAGCUCGGAACCCAGAGACCAGAUUGCUCAAGAUUCAAAAGACGGUUCCAGCGGAGCAGACUCUGCUUUUGUCGAAUGCUCACGCUUCCAAAGGAGAGUUUGUUACCAGUAUCGUGGCCGGAGCAGUAGGAGAAGUUGUUGAUCGUGUCACGGAGGGAACGGGCCUUGAGGCUGGCGAUGAGGUUGUGGCAUGUUUGACCCAAGAACAGCUGGAAGAAGUCAGCAGUGGAGCCAAUGUUCGCAUCGCCUCUUACGCAGUGUGCCGGAAGCCAAGUAACAUCUCUGCAAGCCAGUGCGCUGACCUAGUCACUCAAUUUCUGGCGUCGGCAGUGUUACUGGACCAAGCUAAGGUCUUUUCAGCUCAGCACCUUGACAGCAGACCUGGAGACUCGGCCCUCAACCCGAACAAUGUAGCUCUAAUGAUGGAGGAGUCCAAGACGAAUGUCGUUGUGAUCCAGCUGCUCUGCCAUCUGUUCCCAGGAGUGGACGUCUUCUGCCAUCACAAAUCCGAGGCUUCACCAGAGGACUAUGCUCAGGCACUGUAUUUCAUGCUUCCGCUGGAGAGCGGUGCCAGGGCCUCGGCACAUUACCCGCCAAACUCGAAGCAUGAUCUGGCAGGAUACUUUCGCGCGAACGCCGAGCAUUACACUAAGUCAAGUAAUAUCGGGCUCGCUGUUGAUACAGCUGGAAUGAUAGAUAUCAAGCCAGAGGUACGAGAGAUGAUCCAAGGCCAUCUGAAGUGUUACCGGGAGCCUGAGAGCCAUGAGAGGGACCCGUCGAAGCUGCUCGUGACGGGAGAAAUAUUGAAGAGAUUCCCUUCGUUGGUAGAAAGUGAGGUGAUCCGACCAGUUGCGUUGAACAACGAUAUCGAGUCGUACUAG